CAUUAAAUUCCCUGUAAAAUCAGCUGGACUCCACAAUCAGAGACUGUAAAGAUUUGGUCACACGCAGUGGAAUAAAGGGACUUCCCUUCUCCGCAAGAAUCUUUCUUUCUUUCUUUUGCUUUUUCUUCUUCAACAAUGGCUUCCCUUUAAGACCUCUGAAAAAUUGGUGGUCAAAAUAAAGUAAUGGAGAAAGAGAUUAUUUCCUCUUUUAUUAUUUCGCAAAUUGGAGUGUCGGCUGGUGAAGCUUUCCAGGUCAUAUUGUGUGUGAGUUUCGAACUUGUGUCACUUACUUGUCUUGGCGUGUCCAAACAGAAACCUUCUCCUGAAAAAGAGUCUCUUUAUGUGUCAGUAAGAUUUGGAUGCCCCUUCUUUUGACAGGCUUGAGCAAAAGGUUUUGGGGCAGAAGUGGCUGCAUCUAUUCGUUUUGAUUUUGAGAGGAAAAUAAAGCAUUGUAUUUGUUCCCAGGCUACAAAAAUUUAACUGGGUUAUCUCGAUCUUGAGCUUGGAGAGUACUUGCACAUUCGAACUCUGAAGGUCAUGAGUGAUUUGUGUAUUGUUUAUAGAGGAAUUUUGUUUGUGAUCCUGGAAGCUUGAGCUUUAGUAGUUAAGAAGCUACGAAUUUCAUGGUCUUUAAAUACUCAUUAGAUGAUCUUCAGUAAUAGUGAUAAGACCUCUGCACUUUGUUUUUCCAUUUCCUUCUUUCAAAGCUCUGUAAAAUCCCUUCUGUGCUUUGCCUUUACUGCUGGUGCCAAUGGGAAAAAUGUUGCACCAUCAUGAGCUUCUAGUUAUUUUUAUUUUUUUGCUUUUCAUCAAUCACUCAGAGCAACUGCAAACCUCCCAGGUUCAGACCCUUUUACGAAUUCAGCGACUUCUAAACUUUCCAGUUGUUUUAAGCAGCUGGAAUAACAACACAGAUUUCUGCAACACUGAAGCAAAUUCAUCUUCAACUGUUAUAUGCUAUGAAGGAAGCAUAACCCAGCUGCAUAUAAUUGGCAACAAGGGAAUGCCACUUUUACCUCGGAACUUUUCUUUAGACUCCUUUGUGACCACCCUAGUUAAGCUUCCUGACCUGAAGGUUCUCACAUUGGUCUCUCUCGGUUUAUGGGGCACUUUACCUGGUAAAAUUGUGCGUUUAUCAUCAUUAGAAAUAUUUAAUGUGACUUCCAAUUUCCUGUAUGGUUCCAUUCCUCAAGAGCUUUCAUCCCUAACAAGCCUCCAGACACUAAUACUUGAUGACAAUAUGUUUGCUGGCCAGCUACCAGAUUGGCUGGGUUCACUUCCGGUUUUGACUGUUUUAAGUUUGAAGAAAAAUUCGUUCAAUGGGUCUCUGCCAAGUGCAUUAAGUAAUUUGGAGAAUCUUAGAGUUCUUGCACUUUCACAUAACCACUUUUAUGGAGCAGUGCCUGAUUUUGAACGUUUGACAAACCUUCAAGUGCUUGAUUUGGAAGAUAAUGCUUUUGGACCUCAAUUCCCUCGACUUGGCAACAAGUUGGUUACUCUUGUCUUGAGUAAGAACAGGUUCAGGUCUGGCAUCCCUGCUGAAGUGAGCUCUUAUUAUCAGCUUCAAUGGCUGGAUUUGUCUAUCAAUACAUUUGUGGGAAGAUUCCCAACGUCCUUGUUAUCACUGCCUUCUAUUACUUAUCUGAGUAUUGCAGGGAACAAAUUCACAGGAAUGCUUUUUGAAAAUCUAUCUUGCAGCUCUGAACUUGAAUUUGUGGAUUUUUCCUCAAAUCUUUUGACUGGAAGCCUACCUAGCUGUCUACUGACAGAUUCUAAGGAAAGGGUUGUCCUGUAUGCCAGGAAUUGUUUGGCCACUGGAAAACAAAGUCAACAUCCAUUUUCAUUUUGUCGCAAUGAAGCCUUAGCCGUGGGCAUUCCUCCACAUCACAAGAAUCAGAAAGAAGCUUCUAAAACAGUUCUUUUCUUGGCUAUAAUUGGAGGGCUUGUUGGAGGAAUUGCACUUCUUGGACUAGCUUACUUGAUGGUUAGAAGAGUAAAUGCCAGGAGAGAAACAAAGGUUAAGAAACCUCCAACAAGAUUAAUAGCAGAGAGUGCAUCCACUGGGUACACCUCAAAGAUACUUUCGGAUGCAAGGUAUAUAUCUCAAACAAUGAAUAUGGGAGAACUGGGUCUUCCAGCUUAUCGAACCUUUUCAUUGGAAGAGCUUGAGGAGGCUACAAACAACUUUGACACAUCUGCUUUCAUGGGUGAAGGUUCUCAUGGACAGAUGUACAGAGGCAGACUAAAGGAUGGUUCUAUUGUAGCUGUUAGAUGCCUAAAAAUGAAAAAAAGCUACAGCACUCAAAAUUUUAUGCACCAUAUAGAGCUGAUAUUAAAACUCAGGCAUCGCCAUUUGGUCAGUGCUUUGGGACACUGCUUUGAGUGCUACCUGGAUGAUUCAAGUGUCAGCAGAAUUUUUUUUGUCUUUGAAUAUGUACCAAAUGGCACACUAAGGAGCUGGAUCUCUGAGGGACAUUCUCAACACUCUCUUACUUGGACACAACGUAUAAGUGCUGCAAUAGGAGUAGCAAAGGGCAUCCAAUUUUUACAUACGGGGAUUGUGCCUGGUGUAUAUUCCAAUAAUCUUAAAAUAACUGAUAUUUUAUUGGAUCAGAACCUUGUUGCAAAAAUUAGCUGUUACAAUUUGCCCUUAUUAGCUGAGAACAUGGUGAAGUUUGGUCAUGGAAGCCUGCCUAGCGGAUCCAAAGAUCCUAUUGUUAAUGCAAGGGUUACACAUGAAGCCAAAAAUGAUGUUUAUGACUUCGGAGUGAUGUUGCUAGAAAUAAUUUUGGGUAGAAAAGUAAAAUCUGGAAGUGAAGUGGACAUUCUAAAAGAUCGGGUAAGAAUGGUUCUAUUAUUAUAAUUUUCUUUUGACAACCUUUCUUAAUGUGUUUCUUCAUUUCUCCUCAUAAACCGAAACAGUAAUAUCAACAACAUCUAGUUGUAUGGUUCUCAAAAUUAGGAGAUAGUGUGUACUUAAUUGACUGUUUUCUUGAAAAUGUCUAUUGUUUACAUGGUUAAUGCAUUGUAAAGUCUGGAAUGGCAUGGAAAUUGUAUCUUUUUCCAUGCCAUGAUUUGGAAAAAUAAUUUACUCAUCUUUUUUCCCUUCUCGCUAAUUUUAGGAUGGGUAUUGUCCAUGUAUAGUUAUAUACCGGAAAACAUCUUUUCAAAGUGUCUGCAGUC